AUGACUACCAUGCACCACCCCGCCCCCCAGCCGCCGGCAGGUCUUACCUCUUUUGCCGUCUACGAGGACCCACAGGAUCGCGAACCCUUGUCGCCUUCGGACAUGUAUGAAGAAGGCGACUCUUUUCACUCUGAACGCUCAUUCCCCAACGACGUCGUCCACACCAUCGAGCUCCAGCAGCAGCAGCAGUCCCAGGAACCCGACGACGAGCCCCAGCCCUACCGAAGCUCCUACACAUCUCGGCCCGGCUCGCAGCAACGGAUGUCGUCGCACUACAGCUUCGUCUCGGCUAUUCCCUCGGAAACCUCGAUAUCCUCAAAGCCCAUCUUGCCAGCGAAUGAAGCUGGCGCACGAGCUCGUAAGGAGCGCCCUCGCUUCCGCAACUCAGACUCUGUACGCGCCAUGCAGAUGUCCUCGCCUCCGCCUCUGCUAGCGCACCAGUCUUCCCACGAGCGGUUAAAGGCCUCGUACAAGUUGACUACGCCAAACCGAAACGCGGGAGCCGAGACGCCAGGCUCAAGGCAUUCUGGCUCGAGGAGGAGAAGCAUACGCGAACCUCACAGUCCGAGACCCAUGCCGGUUCCACAGCAGGCUCCGCUGGUUCUGCUGCACGUCACCAUCCUGCCGAUGCAGCUACCCUACUCGCACGACAUCAUGGCAAGGAUCAUGCCCGACUGGCUGGUCGAGAACUACAAGCUGCUAGAGGAGAAGCUGCAGGACAUCAUCCUGAUGCGCCGUGGUCUUCUCAUUCCGCAUCCAAGAGACGAGUACGACUUGCUCGAGGAACGCAUUCUGGAGAGCCUUGAGCUCAAGACGCCCCGACUACUUCCAUGUGGACACUUUGUACCACCCGAAGACGACGAUGACCGGGAGGAUGACGAUGACACAGCCAGCAUUGGUGACGAGAAUACCGGACGGGGCAGCCGGAUGAGUGGAGGAACACUUACCGAGGGCAGCACGUCUGCCAACGGCGACCACAGCAUGUGCAUUGACUGCCACCGCCAACUCAAGAAGCCAGGCAAGGGCAUCGGUGCAGGCACAAGGAAGUGGGACAUCAAGAUUUACGCCGCCAACGGACUGAUGCGUUCCGCGGCGUGGGGUGCGUGCUGGAACGACAUGGAACGUUGCGACGUUGAGAUCCACCCCUGGAUUCCAGAGGAAGUUCGCAAGACGUUAGAGAAGCGAGCACGCGAGGAACUUGAGGCAGACCAGCGCAAGCAGCAAUACACUGUAGAGCUUCAACGGCAAAUACAGGAAGCCGCUGCCAAGGCGAAGAUCCUGGAAGAGGAAGCCAACGAGAAGAAGCGCAAGGAAGAGGCUGAAUUGCAAAAGAGUUUCGAGGAGGCUGCUGCAGCGCUACGACGAAGUAUCGAAGAAAAGGCUGCAGAGAAGAAGAAGUUUGAGGAAGACCUCCGGGCUAAGUUGGAGGAAGCCAAAGAAGCUGUGCGUCUGGAGUUGGAGGCUAAGGCUCUCGCUGAGUCGGAUGCCGUCGCUGACCGUCUCCGUGCCCUGGAGAAUGCUGUCAAGGAGAAAGAAAGGGCUGAGGCUGCACUCCAAGAAGCUGCCCGUUCACGUUCAUCGUCAGAAGUCCCACUCAGUACCCUUCUCAAGAACUAUGCUCUUGUUCUGCUGGGUGACAAGCGUAACAUGAUCAUUGUUCUGCUUGGUGCUGCCGUUGUGUACUUGGCCAUGAGCAUGCAUGCGAUUCAACAAGAUUCUUCAGCUGCACACAUGCUCCAGCUGCCCACCGACGUUGUCAUGGCCGCUCCAAUGCCGACUGCUGUUACUGCGACCAUGACAGCUACGUCUUACUCUACUCUCACCGUCACCGAGUCUCAGACUGUGAUCAGCAUGAUGGAGACUGCUGCGCCUGUACCUGUGCCUGCAGCUGUACCUGAGAUUGAGGAGAAGGUUGAACAUGUCGUUGCCGAAGCAGUUCUGGAAGUUGAGGACGCACAGCCUACAAGCCGUGCAAUGGAGCUUGUGGAGUCUAUCGAGUUUGUGGAGUCUGUCGAGACUGUGGAGGAGGCUGCACCCGUCACUCAGGACACCCCCACCACCGACUACGUUCUGUCUGAAGGCCCUUCAUGUGCCAUGGAGCCUGCUGUCCUCCAGGCUCCCCCCGCCUACUGCGCAGUAAGCAAGCUGUAAAUGUCUUGUUUCGACACAGACAUGAGCUCAUCUUUCCUUUGUUCUUCUUCUUUUUUUUCUCCCGUUUUCCAUUUUCUCUCUCACCAUCUCAUGGCAUUUUCCAAUACCAUAUCGUACCACGUUUAUGAAGUAAUGUAGCGAAGCGUAUAUAUCCCUCCCCCCAGGCUAUCGAGCUAGCAUAGCGAAAAAUGGCGUUUGUAGGAGCUGGCUGGAGUUGUCUUGGUUAUUAGUUUGUUUUAAUUGGUGUGUCUAUUGUUGUCGGACCAUGAGGAGGGAUGAGGGAUGAAGGUAUUUAGUAGAUGACAGACCUUGAAGGACUUGGUAUGAUCCUGAAUACCAAUUGUUAUCUCAUCA